UGCCAACCCUGCGUUUGCUCUCCUGUUCCCCGUGGGCCCUGCUGGAGCCAUGGCUCAGGGUGGUGCUCAAGCCUGUGUGCUUUCUCUGGACCCUGCAGAGUGGACCGGCUUUCUACGCAUGCUCAUGAGUCAUCUGCAACGUCUCCUACUUGCCAUCCUCAGGGGCCCACACAGGGAGUCUGCCACAGGGGCUCAACUAUUGGGAGCCAUCCUGGUGCUUCAGUCGUAAGUGCCCUUAUGACAUCAUAGGUUUCCCUUCUCCAUUCUUUAUCUCUAUGCCAUGGCUAGAGGAACACAGACCUGAGGGGAUUUGAACCAUCUACACCCAAUCCAUGUGGGACCAAUGGAGAAGGACCAGCCUAAAACAAUAAAUGAACAGGCUGAAAAUGAGCCUCCGAAGAAUGAGGGGCUGACCUCUUUACCGUCAGCGCAAGCACCACCACCGACCUUAGAGAAGAAGGCAGAGAUCCCAAGAACCCCAAAUAGGCCUCCUGUCAGUUAUCCAGAAGUAGUCAAGAUCCAGGCCUGGUGGCGGGGCACCCUGGUGCGCAGGACGCUGCUGCACGCGGCACUCCAGGUGUGGAUCAUUCAGUCCUGGUGGAAGCAAACAUUGGUGAAGCUGGAGCAAAGGAGGCGGCGGGCAGCCCUGGAGAUCUUUACUCAGAAGGAGUGGGCAGCAGUCAGGCUACAGUCCUGGGUCCGCAUGUGGCGCAUCCGUCGGCGCUACUGCCGUUUGCUCAGUGCUGCCCGCAUCAUCCAGGCCUACUGGAGGUGCCAUUCCUGCGCUUCCCGGGGCUUCAUCAAGGGCCACUACAGAGUCACGGCCAACCAGCUGCAUCUCGAACUCGAGAUCUUGCUGGGCUCAGGGCCUUGCAUUGUGACGGAAUGUAUCCCCCUUCCAAUAAAGCAGUGAAGUGGUCUUU